AUGCAGCAGCAUUCCGCUCUUCAGAGUGGAGAUGACAAUAGACCGCAACCACAAGGGCCUGGCGUGCCCACCGCACCGUCGAUAUCUGGCACUGGCCGUUUACCCGUACAGCAUAGCUACUACCCCGUGCCGCAAACAUUUAACUACCCUUCUACCACUUUAUAUAUCCAAGCGGCUCCGCCUUAUUUGGCCCACGACACAUGGAAUAGUCGCCGUUAUGAUGAAACAUAUAAUCACCCCACGAUACCUGGUACCUUAGGCAAUCAACCAACCUCGCAACAGACGUUUUUCUAUAAUACCACUCUCCAUGCUUUACCUCAACCUGCAUAUUAUGGACCGCUCCUCCAUACGGCUCCAAGAUGGCAGAGUUUUCUUCUCGAGACUAUUCAUUAUGACCAGAACCGUUUGCCAAUGUGGCCACUGUUUCGUAAUAGCGGUAAUCCAGGAAAUCUAAAUUAUGUCCGUCCUACACAGGAACCACCGCAUCGGACCAUCGCUGUGGAAACAGCGGCGCCUCCAACUGCACACUACGCCAUUGUCGACGGCUCAGCUUCAAUCAGUCGUGCUGCAAAGAUCGCUCAACCGCUUCCAAUUGAAAGGGGAGGGAAUAUAAUGAACACGUCCACCCCCCAACACCGGUCACCAAUUCUACGAGGACCUCCAAGGAAACCGAAACAGUCAGGAUAUGCGUUGUGGGUUGGCAAUCUCCCGUCCCAAGUCAACAUUGUUGAUCUUAAGGACCACUUUUCUCAGGACGCGACCGAAGAAAUCGAAAGUGUAUUUCUUAUUUCAAACAGCAAGUGCGCGUUUGUGAAUUACAAGACGGAGGCGGGGUGUAUCACUGCAGUUACCAGGUUCCACGAUUCGAGAUUCCAGGGCAUAAGGUUGGUUUGCAGGUUCCGUAGAAGCGCUUCUUCAGAUCAGAAUAACAUUCGGGCAUUGUCACCACCGAGGCCGGAAACAACAAAUCCUCCGGUCAAUGAGUUUGAUAAGCCGCAGGGAGAGCUCGGUCCUACAUACCCCUCCAAUGAAGUGACCGCUCAAGUCUCCGCUACCAAGCAUCCUGAAAGGUAUUUCAUAGUUAAAAGCCUGACUAUCGAAGACCUUGAGCGCAGCAGAAUCAGUGGAGUUUGGGCUACGCAGAGACAUAACGAGAGUGCCUUGAACCGUGCAUAUGAGACAUCAGAGGUAGUAUAUUUGAUAUUCUCUGCUAAUAAAUCUGGCGAAUACUUUGGCUACGGCCGCAUGACUUCACCAAUCCCUACUCUUAGCGAACCAAACGGCAAUCAAGAAACCGUUCAAGGUAAUAAUUCAGUAACAGCUUCUGAAUUUCUGAUUGUCACCCCCACACCUGCCACGGAAACGGCACCAGCAGGAUAUAUAGUGAACGACCCAGCACGAGGCACCAUCUUCUGGGAAAUCGAUCGCACAGAUGGUGCGGAUGAAGCAAACGCAGACGGACCUACGAAUGAAGAUGACAAAAGCAAGAUGGAUAGCCAAUCGUUUGGGAGGCCGUUCAAUGUGGAAUGGUUGUGCUGGCGACGUCUUCCAUUCCACCGCACAAAAGGACUUCGGAAUCCUUGGAAUGCCAACAAAGAAGUAAAAAUUGCCAGAGACGGAACGGAGAUUGAGCCUAGUGUGGGGAGAAGGUUGAUUAAUUUAUUCGACCAGAUGCUCUAG